CUCUCACACACACACACACACACACACGCUUCUUCUUAACUUUUUGCUCCAAUCUUCCCUUUCUGUUGCAGACUGGAAGCUGAGGGACAUGGCUUUCGGGUUUCAUAACUAUUUCUCUAAUGUUACCAUUCUAAUGUUGAUUUGGUCAUCUAUUCACAUAUCGCUGCGAAAUCAGAGCAUGUCAGAAACAAACACAAAUUAAAAUCAAAUAGCUGUGAUCUCUACCAGGGGAGUUGGGUAAAUGAUUCAUCUCCUCUCUAUGACACUUCGAGCUGUCCAUUCAUCGACAAAAUGUUCGAUUGCCAGAAGAAUGGAAGAACGGACAAACUCUAUCUCAAUUACAGAUGGAAACCCACUUCCUGUGAUUUGCCUAGGUUUAAUGGAGAAGAUUUCUUGAGGAGAUUUCAGGGAAAGAAGAUCUUGUUUGUGGGAGAUUCGCUAAGCAACAAUCAAUGGCAAUCUUUGAUAUGCAUGCUUCACUCCUCAGUGCCGCAGGCAAAAUAUAACUUGCAAAUGAAUGAUCCCUUUUCUACUUGUACAUUUCCGGAUUAUGGUUUGUCAUUGAUGUUCAAUCACAACAACCUCGUAGUGGACAUUGUUAAUGAAAAAAUUGGGCGGGUUUUAAAGCUUCAAUCCAUCAGAAAUGGUGAUUCAUGGAAAAAUGUGGAUGUGUUGAUAGUUAAUACUUGGCAUUGGUGGUUCUACACAGGAUUUUUACAACCGUAAGUGGGAGCUAUAUGA